CUUGCUAACCAGGAGAUUUCCAAGACACAAAUGCUGGAUUCUGAAGUCGAACUGAAGGACGCUUUCCGUCUCAAGCUGCAACGAAUCUUCGAAAAUCUCAGGUCUCCGGAUCCAGAAAAUCCUUUACCUUCUGUCGAAUUGGCUAGCUUUGGCAGUCUUAGUUCUGGCUUUGCCACUGCUGGCUCUGAUAUGGAUCUGGCCAUCGUCACUUCAUCUGAGCAUGACUUGAGUCAGCGUUUCUCUUCGCACGAGAACGGUCUCCCUCGAGUCCUCGAGAAGGAACUACUUGAUAACGGCAUCGGUGCCCGCCUGCUCACCCGCACACGUGUGCCUAUCAUUAAGAUCUGUGAACUGCCGGCACCGGAGCUCUUGGAUGCUCUUCGAGAAUCUCGUGAAAAGUGGGACAAUCUACCUGAAGACGAGAAAUACGCCACCUCGAAGCCGUCUGCCAACGACACAGCCACCGAGAAGGAUGCUCCAGACGCUCAAUCUUCGCCCUCUCAGCCUGGAUCUAAGACUGGUGGCAAUGACCUUACCUUGCAAGCUCUGGAACUUGACUCAAAAGCCUCUUCAAAGUCUGAAAAUACACAACAACCCGAUCAACAACAAUCUCAAGACAAACAGGCGAAUCGUCAGCGAAACGACAAAAGUUGGCGUCGCGAAAAGGCCCCCGGCCCCCUUGACUUUCCCAAGGAUGGUGUCGGCAUCCAAUGUGACAUAAACUUCUUUAAUCCUCUUGGUAUUCACAACACCAAAAUGUUGCGGUGCUAUUCAAAAUGCGAUCCUAGAGUUCGACCCAUGGUCCUCUUCAUCAAGUCAUGGGCUAAGCGAAGGAAGAUCAACUCUUCCUACUCAGGCACCCUGUCAUCGUAUGGGUAUGCGUUGAUGGUUUUGCAUUACCUUGUGAACGUAGCAAACCCACCUGUUCUGCCUAAUCUGCAGCAUGAGGCCGAAGCCUAUGGUCUACCUCCCGCUACCAUCGACGGUUACGAAGUGCGCUUUUUUGACCAAGAAGACGUAAUUCAGAGUCGUGCUAGUCAAGGCUUGAUUACACAGAACAAGGAGUCACUGGGCAAUUUGCUGGUUGGUUUCUUCAGGUACUAUGCCGUCAAUGCUGGUGGGUUCUUCUGGACACGCGAUGUGCUCAGCUUGAGAUCUCGAGGUGGCAUCGUGUCCAAGUUGGAAAAGGGUUGGACUGGUGCAAAGACUGAAGUUGGUGACAACAAGGAGGUACGCCAUCGAUAUCUCUUUGCAAUCGAAGAUCCCUUCGAGACUACGCACAAUGUUGCACGAACUGUCACGCACAACGGCAUUGUCGCCAUCAGAGAUGAAUUCCGUCGUGCAUGGCGCAUAAUCGGUGCCAUCGGCCGCAACAGAGAAGAGCCUGAAGGUGGCCUGUUUGAUGAGUUGACUGAAGCCGAA